UGUGACUCGAACCUUGGAGUACAGUAGUUUUAAGAGCAAAUGUUGGGGUGUCUACGGUGACAGGGUAACAAUUAUUUGGCGAAAUGCAGAAUCUUAAAUUCCACAUCAACAUAAUGGCCGUUCUAGUUUUACUUUGGAAGAAUUAUCCGGAAAAAGGCCUGCCUCCGUCUGGGAGGGGAACUUGUCGUCUUCAGACAUUGUCGGAGGUGGCGCUGGGGAAGAACAAGGCACCUGAAACACGUUUCAAAUAUUAUUUUCUCCCUUCAACAAGUUUACAUUUCUCCUUUUCACCUUGGUGUAUAAAGACAGGGAAGGACAAUGGCUGCCCUUUCAGCCUGGUUCUGGAACGAGAGGUUCUGGCUGCCGCACAACGUAACCUGGGCGGACCUCGCCGACCGGGCUCCCGGGGUGGUGUAUCCCAAAGCUGGAGACUUAGUGAUCGCCAUACCGCUGGCUGUGGGGAUGUUCGCCGUCAGGAUGCUCUUCGAGAGAUUUGUCGCCAGUACAUGUGCGAAGAUUCUCCAUAUUCAUUCCGAUGUUGAACGAAGAGCUCAGCCCAAUGCAGUGUUGGAGAAAGUCUUUUUGUCCAUUACUAAGAAUCCAGACUCGUACCAUCUGGACGGCUUGUCCAAGCAGCUGGACUGGGAAGUGCGCAAGGUGCAGCGCUGGUUCAGACAACGCAGAAACCAAGACAAACCCAACACACACGUCAAGUUCUGCGAGAGCAUGUGGAGGUUUACAUUUUAUUCAUGCAUAUUUACCUAUGGCUUCCAGUUUCUAUGGCAGUCCCCUUGGAUGUGGGAUACACGGCACUGCUGGUACGGUUACCCUUAUCAGGUGUUGACGCCUGCUCUUUACCGCUACUACAUGAUAGAGCUGGCUUUCUACUGGUCACUCAUGUUCUCCCAGUUCACAGAUAUAAGAAGAAAGGACUUCCUGGCCAUGUUUGUUCAUCACCUGGCGACGGUGGUCCUGAUCAGCUUUUCGUAUGCCAACAACAUGGUGCGGGUGGGCACCUUGGUGAUGUGCGUGCAUGAUGCUUCUGACUUCCUGCUUGAGGCAGCCAAACUGACCAACUACGCCAAGUAUCAGCGUCUGUGCGACCUCCUCUUCAUCAUAUUUAGUUUGACCUUCUUCGUCACGCGGCUCGUCGUGUUUCCUAUUUGGGUCCUAAACACCACCAUGUUUGAGAGUUGGCUCAUCGUGGGUCCGUUCCCGUCGUGGUGGCUCUUCAAUGUGCUGUUGCUGGUACUGCAAGUUCUGCAUAUCAUCUGGUCUUACCUCAUUGCCCGUAUCGCCGUCAAAGCCGUCUUGAGGGGCAAGGUGUGCAAUGACGUGCGCAGUGACGUGGAGAGCAGCUCCGAGGAUGAGUCGUCAUCGGCGGCAUUGGACCAAACCCAGACCAAGAUGAUGAAGCAUGCGCAAAAAGUAGAAAAUGGCACCAAUGGACACUGCACUGCCACCAGAAGCAGACCGUACAUCACACCCACGUGACCUUGUUGGAGUUGUUUUAUGACCUUUUGGGUUUUUUGUUUUUUACGGUCUUAUGAACUGCAUUAACUGGAUCACAUUCUCAGAUGUUCAUUUUUAACCCGUUAAGUGAUGUCCGAUGGGACAAAGCACCCCACCCCACUGACUUAAAUGUACUGUGUGCAACUAUUUACUUGUUUUUUUUUUUACUUCGUAUUAAUCAGUUUGCUACUGAUUUGAAAGCAGUGCUUCCCAAACUAUUGAACUAAGGCACACUGUCAAACAAGUGUCACCAAAAGUAUACAUAAGACCAGAUUUAAUCAGAACUGGCCAACCUCAACCUAUACCUGGUCGUUUCUACAGGUUUACUUCAUUUGAUUGCCUAACUGUCCUGAUACUUCUUGACCACAAAUUAGUGUAUCAUGCACAUUAUGGGGGGCAGGGUAGAAACUGGUUAGCACAUCUGCCUCACUGCGCAGAGUUCCAGGGUUUGAGACCGGCAAUGGCCCUCCAGUGGUUUGCAUAUUCUCCCGUGCCUGUGUGGGUUUACUCCGGGUACUCUGGUUUCCUCCGACAUUCCAAAAACAUGUUGAUGACACCCAAUAUGUGAUUGUGAGUGCAAAUUGUUUGUCUGAAUGCCCGAAGACAGCUGGGAUGGGGUCCAGCAUGCUUGCGGCCCUCGAGAGGAUAAGAGGAUAUUUUCAAGGAUUGUGCACAUUCCACCGUGUUUGAGGCGACAAAUUAGUAAUUUGUGCCUAUGAAUUACAAUUUUGUGCAAACAGUAUAUUGUGGCAUUCCCCACUAGUGUGUGUAUGGAAGAUAUCUCAAUUUGCUCCCACAAAUGCAGUUGUGAAAUGUGGGCCUGUUUAGUUGUGUAUAAGCAAUGUCAGUAUUCUCUUGUAUGAAUGACACCAGGUGGUUACACAGGUAAUUUUUACCUUCUGCCAUCUAGUGGAAGUGCAUUUAAUUCUGUCAAUGUCUGGCACAACGAGAUGAACGAAAAGACAUAAUUUAUUGUAAAUAAACAAUAUUCAAAACCA